AUGUUGGUGUGUGGUGCUGUCCAUUUUCCCUUCUGUUGUGCUCUGCAGGGCUGCAUGGAUGGGCGUGUGUGUGUGUGUGUGUGUGUGUGGUGGGAGGUUGGGCACAGGUGGGAUUAUACUGUUGCUUGUUCAUUUCUAUCUCCACUUCAUCCACCUCUGUUUCUUAGCAUGAGGUCUCUACCGAAGGGGGGUCCUUCUGUGCCUGGUUUCCUCUUUAAUUCAGCAUUUAUGGGAUGCCUCCUUUCAGCUUGUAGUACUCUGUGUCAUGGUUCAGGGGGCUCUUGGGUGCUGGUUAAGGGAUCUGAGUAG